GCAACCACACUCACUCACUAACUAACUAACUAACCUCGCACACAACAUUUUGUGCUCGGGCGACGAGUUCAAGAGCGUCAGGCUGGAGGGAAGUCUGGGGUCCGCUCUGCUCAGGAGGAUUUCUGCCAGGAAGUCUCACCAGCGGAGUCACAGUCCUCCGCCCCAGCACGACCACAUGGGGUUCGGAGAUGACGGAGGGCCAGGAAGGCUGAGUCGCAGGUUUUCCCGCUUCAGCGGCAGGCAUCAGUCCAGAGCAGCACCUCAGCCCGACAGACCUCCGGCUCAACAAGAUGACAGGGUUCCUCAACCAGUCCCCGCUCCGCCUCCAGUACCGGAUCCACCGCGAGUUCCGUCGCCGGCCCCGCUGCCUCCUCCUCCUGCCCCUGCCAAGGAAGUUCCUCCCAAACAGCCGGAUGUAUCGACCAAGCCCAAACUUCCCCCGCGACCUCUGUGCAAGGUGUUCAGUAGUUCUGAGCACGGAUCUGCUGUGCUGAAGGGUCUGGACGUUUUCCGGGGGCACGACAUCCUGUGUGAUGUGGUUUUGGUUCCGGGAGACAGUCAGGAAAGAUUGCCCGUGCACAGAGUCAUCAUGGCGUCAUCCAGCGACUACUUCAAGGCCAUGUUCACAGGAGGUAUGCGGGAGCAGGAGAUGAGAGAGAUCAAGCUUCACGGCGUCACGGAGUUGGGGUUAAAGAACAUCCUGGACUUCAUCUACACGUCCAAAGUCAGCCUGGACAUGAGCAACCUGCAGGAGACUCUGGAAGCUGCAAACUUCCUGCAGGUCAUGCCGGUUCUCGCCUUCUGCAACCAGCUUCUGAGCAGCGAGGUCACUGUGGAUAACUGCGUGGAGGUGGAGAGCAUUGCUUCUGACUUACUUCUGGAGGAUGUGCAGAAAAACAUUGCCACGUUUGUGAGUCACAACCUGUCGGCCCUGGUGGAGAGUGGUCGCUACCUGCAACUCUCAGAGAAGACCAUAGCCGGCGCUCUGGCCAGCAACUCCCUUAAGGGCUUCUCCGAAAUGGAGCUCUACCACAUCGCCAAAGGGUGGCUGGGUCAUCAGCCCACCAAACGCAACUCGUCCGUCCACGCGCUGAUGCGUCACAUUCGCUUCCCGCUGAUGAGCCCCUGCGAGCUGAUCCAGAUCUCCCAGGAGGAGGAGGAAGACGGAGGCGACUCCCUGAUGCGUUCGGACACCUCCUGCGUGAACCUCCUGCUGGAGGCCAGCAACUACCAGAUGAUGCCUUUCAUGCAGCCGGCCCUGCAGAGCGAGCGCACGCAGAUCCGCUCGGACGCCACGCACAUCGUGGCGCUGGGGGGCGUGAUGCGUCAGCAGCUGGUGGUGAGCCGCGAGCUGAGGAUGUACGACCAGAACACGGGCCACUGGAGAGCCCUGAAGCCCAUGGAGGUGCCGUGCUACCAGCACGGCGUGGCUCUCCUGGGUGGCUUCCUGUUCAUUGUCGGAGGUCAGAGCACGUACGACACCAAGGGUAAGACGGCCAUUGACAGCGCCUACCGCUACGACCCGCGCUUCAACGUCUGGCUUCAGAUCGCCUCGCUCAACGAAAAGAGGACCUUCUUCCACCUCUGCGCCCUGCAGGGGAAACUGUACGCCGUCGGCGGCAGAAACGAAACUGGCGAGAUCAACACGGUGGAGUGCUACAAUCUGAAGAAGAACCAGUGGACGUUUGUGAGCAACAUGAUGGAGGCUCACUACGGACACGCUGGGACCGUCCACGGGGACCUGAUGUACAUCUCAGGCGGCAUCACGCACGACACCUUCCAGAAGGAGCUGUGGUGCUACGAGCCGACGACGGACGCGUGGCGGCGCAUGGCGGACAUGACGGAGCUGCGGGGGCUGCACUGCAUGUGCACGGUGGGCGACCAGCUCUACGUGAUGGGCGGCAACCACUUCCGCGGCAGGAGCGACUACGACGACGUGUUGGGCUGCGAGUGCUACAGCCCCGCCGCCGACCAGUGGACCGUGGUGGCGCCCAUGCCGCGGGGCCAGAGCGACGUGGGCGUGACCGUCUUCCAGGGCCGCGUCUACGUGGUGGGCGGGUACUCGUGGAACAGCAGGUGCAUGGUGGACAUUGUGCAGCGCUACGACCCCGAGGCCGACGCCUGGGCCCGCGUCUUCGACGUCCUGGAGCCGCUGGGGGGGAUCCGCGCCUGCACCAUGACGGUUCAUCUCCCGGAGGACGCCGUCGACGAGGCUCAGAUCCAGGCGGGGCCGUUACCUACGGCCUAACAUCCAGAACUUGCAUGGUACCAGGAAUGUGACCUUGGACUCUUUUGGAAAGCCUCCGUCUCCCACCCCAAGCGUUUAGAUUUCACAGCUCAGAGUCAUGAGUUGGACUUUUAGUCGCAUUAGUUUCAGCUGUGUCAUCGACCAAUCAGCUGCAACCUUCACAUGCAUCAUCGGCCAAUCAGCUGUGACCUGCCCUCAGGGUCAGUCCCCUCAGCGUCGGUCGGUUCGACUCCAGUUCCAGCCUCGUUUCCUGGGAAACGUCAUUCCUUCUCCUAUCACCAGUCAUUCACGUGAAUCUCGUCUUUUGUUGCGCCCCAAAAAGUGUGUAUACUGUAAGUAUUGUACUUAUUACGCACCAGCUGUUUGAUUGUAACGUGCAUCUCAGUUGUAGUUUUUAUUAACUAACUUCAACCGAUACAGUACCAAUUCCAGCUACCUGGAAAAUCGAUACCAGCACCAAUUUUCGGUACUCUUGUAUUAAUUGUUUUAAAAAAAAAAAAAAAUCUCAUUUUUAUUGCAACCCUUAAACAUGAGCUGAUUAUGGUAACUACUGUCCAGUUUUUUAUAUCUUGUUUUAUUAUCAUCAUAUUAUCAUUUGCAAGUAUGACAGUAAGUUACAAUCACAGCUGCAAGUCCAAGACGCUAGAUUAGCUUAAAAAAAGCUAGCAUGCUGAUGUUAGCAUGCUUUAAAUAGUAACUGUAGCACGCGUCAAACACCAAAGUAUAUUAUUCGGCUAUGUAUACCUGAAGAAAAGGUUAAAAUUGCUAGCAUGGUAACGUUAGCAUGCAUCAGGUGACUCGGUACGGUGUAUACCUAUAAAACCAGCUAAAAAAAACAAGCUAGCCAACCAACGUUAGCAUGCAAACAGGUAGCAUUUGCCAAGUAACAAAAUAUAUUACACUGAGGUGUAUUCCUGUUAAAUUAGCUUAAAAAAGCUAACAUGCUAAUGUUAACAUGCUGAAUUACUAACUGUAGCACGCGUCAAGUACAAAAAUAUUUUAAUCUACAAGAGAAUGUGUCAAAAUUGCUAACAUGGUAACAUUAGCAUUCAUGAAGUCACUCAUAUUAGACUACGUUGUAUACCUAUAAAAUCAGCUAAAAAAGCUAUCCUACUAACGUUAGCAUGCAAACAGGUACCAUUCGUCAAAUAAGAAAAUGUAUGACAAUGACGUGAAUACCUGUAAAUUUUGAUUUAAAAAGCUGGCAUGCUAAUAUUAGCAUGCUAAAAUACUAACCGUAGCACGCGUCAAAUACCAAAGUAUAUUAUUCGGCUAUGUAUACCUGAAGAAAAGGUUAAAAUUGCUAGCAUGGUAACAUUAGCAUGCAUCAGGUGACUUGAUAUGGUGUAUACCUAUAAAACCAGCAAAAAAAAACAAGCUAGCCUACCAACUUUAGCAUGCAAACAGGUAGCAUUCGCCAAGUAACAAAAUAUAUAACACUGAGGUGUAUUCCUGUUAAAUUAGCUUAAAAAAGCUAACAUGCUAAUGUUAGCAUGCUGAAUUACAAACUGUAGCACGCGUCAAGUACAAAAAUAUUUUAAUCGACAAGGUAUACCUGAAGAAUGUGUCAAAAUUGCUAACAUGGUAACAUUAGCAUUCAUCAAGUCACUCAUAUUAGACUACGUUGUAUACCUAUAAAAUCAGCUAAAAAAGCUAUCCUACUAACGUUAGCAUGCAAACAGGUAACAUUCGUCAAGUAACUAAAUGUAUGACAAUGAGGUGAAUACCUGUAAAUUUUGAUUUAAAAAGCUAGCUAUUAGCAUGCUAAAAUACUAACCGUAGCACGCGUCAAAUACCAAAGAUAUUAUUCGGCUAUGUAUACCUGAAGAAAAGGUUAAAAUUGCUAGCAUGGUAACGUUAGCAUGCAUCAGGUGACUCGAUAUGGUGUAUACCUAUAAAACCAGCUAAAAAAAACCAGCUAGCCUACCAACGUUAGCAUGCAAACAGGUAGCAUUUGCCAAGUAACAACAUAUAUAACACUGAGGUGUAUUCCUGUUAAAUUAGCUUAAAAAAGCUAACAUGCUAAUGUUAGCAUGCUGAAUUACUAACUGUAGCACGCGUCAAGUACCAAAAUAUUUUUAUCUACAAGGUCUACCUGAAGAAUGUGUUAAAAUUGCUAACAUGGUAACAUUAGCAUUCAUCAAGUGACUCAUAUUAGACUCCGUUGUAUACCUAUAAAAUCAGCUAAAAAAGCUAGCCUGCUAACGUUAGCAUGCAAACAGGUAACAUUCGUCAAGCAACAAAAUGUAUGACAAUGAGGUGAAUACCUGUAAAUUUUGAUUUAAAAAGCUAGCAUGCUAAUAUUAGCAUGCUAAAAUACUAACCGUAGCACGCGUCAAACACCAAAGUAUAUUAUUCUGUUAUGCAUACCUGAACAAUUUGUUAAAAUUGCUAGCAUGGUAACGUUAGCAUGCAUCAGGUGACUCGAUAUGGUGUAUACCUAUAAAACCAGCUUAAAAAAAAAACAGCUAGCCUACCAAUGUUAGCAUGCAAACAGGUAACAUUCGUCAAGUAACAAAAUGUAUGACAAUGAGGUGAAUACCUGUAAAAUUCAGAUUAAAUAAGCUAGCAUGCUAAUGUUAGCAUGCUGAAAUAAUAACUGUAGCACGCGUCAAGUACCAAAAUAUUUUUAUCUACAAGGUCUACCUGAAGAAUGUGUUAAAAUUGCUAACAUGGUAACAUUAGCAUUCAUCAAGUGACUCAUAUUAGACUCCGUUGUAUACCUAUAAAAUCAGCUAAAAAAGCUAGCCUACUAACGUUAGCAUGCAAACAGGUAACAUUCGUCAAGUAACAAAAUGUAUGACAAUUAGGUGAAUACCUGUAAAAUUAGAUUUAAAAAGCUAGCAUGCUAAUCUUAGCAUGCUAAAAAUACUAACCGUAGAACGUGUCAAACACCAAAGUAUAUUAUUCUGUUAUGUAUAGCUGAACAAUUUGUUAAAAUUGCUAGCAUGGUAACGUUAGCAUGCAUCAGGUGGCUCGAUAUGGUGUAUACCUAUGAAAUCAGCUAAAUUAAGCUAAAUUAGCUUAAAAAAGCUAAUGUUAGCAUGCUAAAAUACUAACUGUAGCACGUGUCAAGAACCAAAAUAUUUUUAUUCCACAAGGUAUACCUGAAAAAUGUGUUAAAAAUGCUAACAUGGUAACAUUAGCAUACAUCAAGUGACUGAAAAAUGACUGGUGUGUACCUAUAAAAUCAGCUAAAUAAAAAAGCUAGCCUACUGAAGUUAGCAUGCUAACAGGUAGCAUAGGGCAAUAUUUGACGCUGACCUGUAUACCUGCAAAAUUUGCAGGAAAAAAAAGUAAUAUUAGAAUGCUAACAAAUGUGCAAAAUUAACUAAAUAGCGCUAAAGAUGGCUCUCGACAGUUACUUUUUAAGUGCGGGGGUAAAUAUGUUGGAACAAGCGUAAAACACACGGAGAAUGUCUGUAGACGACAAAAAGGAAUCCUUCAGGUGGUGUUUCUUUUUAUUCUUAUAAUUCCUAAUAUAAUUAGCAGGUCUGUUAAAAACAACGAAUCAACUCAUGCGAUUAUUCCCUAAAAUGAUCGUAUUACUCACGGAAAUGUAUUUAGACUCUACGUGCUGCUUUGUCGUUGUUAUAGGGGCAG